UCCGGUGAUAGUAAGGCUCCAACUCUCUCGAGCAUAAAGCCUCUUUCGUCCUUUGCCUUUCGUUUUCCUCUUUCAAAACUACCUACCUCUGUCUCUUCAAGUUUCUGCCGCUCGGAAACUCAAUCUGGACCUGGCAGACCCGGCGCCAAGGGAAUUCUCAUGUUCAUUGUCCUUAUAAGCUCAAGCGCUGUUGCUGUAGAUGGCGAAUGCAGAUCUUGUCCAUGCUCCAACACCGACGAACGGGUCCCGGCGUCAGCUAUUCAUCUGGUAAUACAAAGUUGCUAUCAGACUUGGCAUCCACGACGGCAAAUCACAUGAUCGAACUUUCACAAUUCAUAGAUUAUCAGCAUAUCUCUCCGUUCAAUCAACCCAUCAGUGGUUUUUCCUCACAACCUUCCGGGAAGUCGGCCUUUAGGUGGAUGCAUGUAAGGUUUGGCUGUGCACGUGCAAAUAUUGAUGGGAGGUGGUCCUUCCGGCAAGGAUACCCGAAGGACAAGGCAAGGCAAGGCGCUGGAUGUGGCGCCCCUGAGCAACGUUCGAUAUUAAUUGCAAUUCUCGCAAAUGCACUCGGAUUUGGCUUUUUUAAACUUGCCGUCUGGAUGGGAUACCGCUUAGCGCACACGGAAGAUCAUAACUCCCGAGGAAUGGAUUGUGACACUUCGACACGUACGCAAUGCGGGCUCUAGUCUGAGAUACAUCCUCAUCCCACAAAAAUAUUACUCGUCUGACGCGUUCUUCAUCCUGUGCGAUGUGCGUCAUUCAAAGUCGGAAACUGUUUCUAAAUUGACAUUGUAAUUUGUAUCCAUUGAGGAUUAUAUUCUAUGUAGCACAGUACUUUCUGAUCUAUAGGACCCCCGUGUCCCUUCUGAUCGUGAAUUCUAACUGUCAUAUAUGUCAUAGGCAUGAUUUACAGUAU